UUCAACGCUGGGAAAGUUCUCAUACACGGACAUGUUUCUCUGACACACUUGCGCGCAGACACAGCUUUUGAAAUGGCUGUUACCCUUCACACAGAUUUAGGAGACAUUAAAAUCGAAUUGUUCUGUGAGCGCACACCGAAAGCAUGCGAGAACUUCCUUGCUUUGUGUGCCAGUGGGUUCUACAAUGGUUGCAUCUUCCACAGAAAUAUUAAAGGCUUCAUGGUUCAAACUGGAGACCCCACAGGCACAGGCAAAGGAGGAACAAGUAUAUGGGGUCGCAAAUUUGAAGAUGAGUACAGUGAGCACUUAAAACAUAAUGUGAGAGGAGUGGUCUCUAUGGCUAAUAAUGGCCCCAACACAAAUGGCUCUCAGUUUUUCUUCACAUAUGCCAAACAGCCUCAUCUGGACAUGAAGUACACAGUGUUUGGAAAGAUUAUUGAUGGCCUUGAAACACUGGAUGAACUGGAGAAACUGCCUGUCAAUGAAAAGACGUUUCGACCACUGACUGAAACCCGGAUAAAGGACGUGACCAUUCAUGCUAACCCUUUCGCUGGAUAGCCCUCUUGGACUUCAGACAUGCAGAUAGGCCUUUAACACAGCCAUGAACUGAGAUGUUUCCAAUAAUCAAAGCGAUGCAGUGUAUGAUACCUUGCCAAAGUUAAAAUGGAAAACUUGUCAGAGUCUAGAAAUUGGAGAGAAAGCCCCCAGACAUCAAGAAUAGACAGGACACUGACUGAGGCUGUGAAGUGCCAAGUUGUAUGAAUAAAAUUUGAUUUUUAUAACAGAAUUUUCUUGUAAGUAUGGCCUAGCAUUUAAAUGUCGUGGGGUGAAAAAUAUCCUAUUGUUUUAAUAACUAAACACCUUACUGUCUGUGAGAUAAAAUGCCAGAUUUUACAACUUGAUGCAAAAUCCAGCAGUUUGGAGCUACGUCUGUGAUUGUAAAUUUAUAGAAAUGGUUAGUCUCCUUUAAACUCAUGUCACAGCCUUUGUAAUGAAGUUAUUCGUAACUUUUUUUUUUUUCAUGUAUUCACGAUUGACACCAUAAAAAGGAUAAAGCACAUUUCUGGCUUUUAUACAGCACUGCUGUAUAGAUUUGGAUUUAAUUUUUUCUCAGUAGACGAUGUAAAUAAAUUGCUACUCUUUUGUACUAAAUAAAGUUUUUGU